GCCGUUUGGUGGCGCAUACAGACCUUUCUUGGAGUUCCUGUGUAGUGAGAGCCGUUAGUCGCAGAUCUCCUUAUUUCCUCAGAUAAUUAUGCUACAUUCGGUCCUGACGGUAUUCCACAGCUAAACAUCUGGGGUUAGGUGCCACACCUCUGCCACUACAAUAUAUUUCACAUUGCCUAAGAAACGCUGAACAUCGUCAUGGUAUAUACUAUGACAACCACGGCUGUGGUGGUGGCUGGUGGGGUGGUGCUGCUUUCUACAGUGGUAAUCCUGGGCGCCUAUUUCCUGGGAAAGAAGAAAACUCCCCUGCUCACACUACUGGAGCCCACUGUGAAGUACCCACUCAGACUCAUCGACAAAGAGGUGAUCAGUCACGACACUCGCCGGUUCCGAUUCGCUCUGCCCUCCCCGGACCACAUACUGGGCCUUCCAGUCGGGAAACACAUUUACCUGUCGGCCCGUAUCGAUGGCAACCUCGUGGUGCGUCCGUACACGCCCGUCUCCAGUGACGAUGACCACGGGUUUGUGGAUUUGGUGGUGAAGAUCUACUUCAGGAACGUCCAUCCUAAAUUUCCCGAGGGGGGGAAGAUGUCACAGUACCUGGAGAGCCUGAGCGUGGGGGAGACGGUGGACUUCAGAGGGCCGGGGGGGCUCCUGGAGUACAAGGGCAAAGGGACGUUUUCAGUGCAACCUGAUAAGAAGUCCCCAGGGGAAAUUAAGACUGCCAGUUCUCUGGGCCUCAUUGCCGGUGGAACAGGUAUCACCCCCAUGCUGCAGCUGGUGAGAGCCAUCUUGAAGGACCCCAGUGACCAGACCACCUGUAACCUGCUGUUUGCCAACCAGACGGAGAAGGACAUUCUCCUGAGGGAUGAGCUUGAGGAGGCCCAGGCGAGGCACCCGGACCGCUUCAAGCUGUGGUUCACCCUGGACCGAGCUCCUGAAGACUGGGCCUACAGUCAGGGCUUCAUCAGCGCCGAUAUGAUCAGCGAGCACCUCCCCCCGCCCGCGGAGGACUGCCUGGUGCUCAUGUGUGGGCCUCCUCCCAUGAUCCAGUUCGCCUGCAACCCCAACCUGGACAAGCUGGGCUACCGACAGGGCCAGCGCUUCAGCUACUAACCAGUCAGCAGAGCCAGUGCUUAACCUACUCGCCUAUCAACCGACCCAGGGCAUAGCCUACUCUCCUGUCAACAGGGCCAGAGCUUCAGCUACUAACCUAUCAGCUGAGACAGCGCUGAACCUACUCGCCUAUCAACAGACCCAACACUUCAGUUACUAACCAAUCAGCAGGGCCAGCGCUGAACCUACUCGCCUAUCAACCGACCCAGGGCAUAGCCUACUCGCCUGUCAACAGGGCCAGAGCUUCAGCUACUAACCUAUCAACUGAGACAGCGCUUGGCCUGCUAACCUAUCAACAGAGCCAUCGCUUCAGCUACUAACCUAUCAACAGGGCCAUCCUAAAUAUUUGGGUGUUUAAAAAUGUGGAAAUUUGGCAGGGCUUGGCUAGUUGAUUGCCUGUAGAAUUCUCCUGCACAGUUCAGUGUUUCUCAACUAUCGUCCUCAGGACCCACUUGUCAGAAGGUGUUUGUUGUAACCAGAAACUCACACACCUGAUUUUUAUAAGCAAGGACUUUUUUGGUGGUUUGAUCGGUUCAGUCAUUAAAUCAGGUGUGUGCGUUCCUGAUUACAAGAAAGACCUUCUGGCAAGUGGGUCCUGGGGACUAGAGCCAAGAAACACAGGUCUAACUCAGCGGUCACCAACCCAGUUGCUAGAGAUCUACCAUCCUGUAGGUUUUCACUCCAGCCCUCACACAGCACACCUCAUUCAACAGUUAGAGAUCUCCUGAAGCUGCUACUGGUUAGAAUCAGGUGUGCCAAAUUAGGUUUGUUGUGAAAACCUACAGCAUACUCAAUCUUCUCCAGAAGGGCCUGGUCUGGGUGCAGGCUUUUGUUCCAACCAAGCAGUUACACACCUGAUUCCACUAAUCAAGGUCCUUUGCAAAGACUCCAGUGGUUGAUUGGUAGAAUCAGGUGUGUAACUGCUUGGUUGGAACAAAAGCCUGCACCCACACCAGCCCUUUCUGAGGGUCCAUGAUCUACAGGACUAUAGAUCCCCAGAAGCAGGGUUGGUGACCACUGGUCUGAGAAUUGUCCCAGAGAGGCAGACACUGUUACUGCUCUGUGCUCAUUUCUUUAAUGCUUGUGUUGCAGCAUAUGCAGUCACCUGUCAAACUGUUUUUUUAGACUGACAUUCUUCUCACAAAUGUUUGCCCAUCUGGGUUGGGUUUGUCUUAUAUCAGGGGUGUCAAAAUCCAGUCCUGGAGGGCCGCAGUGUCUGCUGGUUUUUGGUGUGUUUCAGCACAAGAGAUACAUUUCAAAGUUUUUCAUUGGCUGAAGAGUUAACACACCUUGUUCUCAAGGCCUUAAUUGGCUGCUGAUUGAAAGGAAACCACAAAUACCAGCAGACACUGCGGCCCUCCAGGACUGGAGUUUGACACCCCUGUCUUAUUAUCUGCAAGGGCCUUUGCAUAGCUGCCAACUCUCACGCUUUCGGCGUGAGACACGCAUUUGCAUGUGCGUGUGAAAACAGGCAAAUGCGUGUGUCUCAUGGCGAAAGCGUGAGAGUUGGCAGCUAUGCCUUUGUAUGCUUUGCUUGUUGUUGUUGUUUUUUGGUUUUUUUUUAAUAAAUACAAACACUAGCACACUUUCACAUAUGUACAUGAAUGUUGUUUGUUAUGCAGGCUUUGAACUUUACGCUGUGUCCGGCUUCCGUUCUAAACGGUAAUGUUUAAGUUCUGUUUGAUAAAUCUGUAUCCAAAGUAUGAGCGGGACAAUCCGUGUUUCUUGUUUUCUUGCCUAUCUGUAUAUUCAACUGCAUCAAAAUAUGGUGUUCAUAUGGAAGGGGCUGCUCUUCAGCUUAUUUAUAUAAUGACAUUCGGUUUGCACUUGAAUUUAAAGGCCACAUGCAAUUUUGUGUUGCGACUGCUCCAGUUGAAACCAAUGACGUGCCUUCUGUGUGUGACACUGCGUUAUAUUUAUUACUCGACUGCAUUGUGCUUAAGACUGCUUUCCAGUUCUGUUAAAAACAGUGGAUCACGUUCACCUUUCAAAGAAGCAAUGCUUUACUUGAUUGAGUGCGUCGCUUGAUUUUUGUGGCGCUGCUUUGAGAGCUGUGCGCGAAAGAGCAUUUGUGUCUGUGACAGAUGAACAUAGACCUCGCUCUUGCCUGCUCAGUGUGUAUAUAUUUCGGGUGAAACACAAUAAAACGUCACAGUUCUGA